GCGCACACCUGCACCAAAAUGGCAUCGUCGCCAAGCUGCGUGUUGCCGCCGCGCAAGUCGUCCAUCCUGCAGCCCACAUCUUCCUUUCACAUGUCAUGCAACGGGGUUUCGUUCCCCCUGCUCGCGCUGGCAUUCGACACACCAGCGUUGUCUUCGGAGCAGGUCGCAUCCCUUCUUGCCACAUCCAACAAGUCCUUCGACGCCUUGUAUCAGCGCUGCCUGGGUCCUACCAGACUGACGGCCCGUUCUACCAAGGUCCAUGUGAUGGCGGUUCCAGCAGCAGCGCCACCAGGGGUAUGGGUAUCAACCAGUGUCAACAUAUGUGCCACACUGGACGAAGUCCGGGCUCUCCAUAACAACUCGACCCAAUCGACUGUGCACUUUUCAGACGACAUCCUCGAUUCCAAGGUGCUGUAUACGGUCGAAGACUCCCCCGAACAGGUGGUUCUGGUGCGAUGGCAAGCGCUCCAGUACGGCCUACCAGUGCACCAUCGCGACGUUGUUUUACUGGAGACCCACCGCGAUUUUGACUGGCCUGAUGGCCGACGGGCGUACGGUUACGCCCAGGACUCGAUCUCGUUGCCAUGCUGCGAAGACUUGUACGAUGCGUUUCAGCUAGUGCGAGGAUCCAUGCGCAAUUCGGGCCUCGUGUUCGUGGAAUCGGAUAACGUGGAGGGCCAACUGGAAGUGCAUUUCCACUGCGAAAUGGACUUGAAAGGAUCGAUCCCUUCCUGGCUAGCCACGCGCCUCCUGCGACAGAGUGCGGUGCUCCACUUAACCUGUUUGACCACGAGAUUGCAUGAGACACGGCUCACAAAGCGCGUCAAGUGUCAAUAUGUGGUGCUCGUGGACAAGGUAGACCGAACCCACUGUUGUCACUGUUUGAGUCGGUUCCAUUCAUGGCGGCGAAAGCACCAUUGCAAAAUGUGUGGCGAGGUGUUUUGCUGGGCAUGCACGCAAUUUUGGCGGUUGGAGGCGCAGUCGACGCGGGUUUGUGUCGAUUGUGCCAAUGAUUACUCCAGUGACCCGGCACAUCCCCAAUUAUUGGACUCCAGCGUGCAAGGCUACUUUCCCAUCUUACGGCAUCGCGCGUCUACCACGGCGGGCUUAAAUCCACUUCGAAAACUCAAGUCGGUGUCGUCUUUCGAUGAUAAGCGCAGCACCGAGAACGAGUCGGAUGAUAUCGAAUGGACGGCUACCAUGACGUCCAACUUGGCGGUGCUGGGCGAUGAUUGGCGGGAAAAGAGUGUUAGCACUAGGCCUAGUCGGUCCAAAUCUGCAUUUUAUGUGUGGUGAUAUUAGAGUGAUUUUGCUCCGAAGAAUCCACAUGAAUUUUCUAAUAUAAUUUCCC